CCUGUGUCAGUUUGCAGUGAGAAAUGUCCCCCAGGAACUCGCAAGGUUCUCCAGAAAGGAAAACCUGUCUGCUGCUAUGACUGUAUCAGAUGUGCAGAGGGAGAAAUAAGCAACACGACAGAUUCUAUCACCUGUGAGCAAUGCCACCCUGAGUCCUGGUCCAAUGACAGAUAAGAUGCCUGUGUAAAGAAGGAGGCAGAGUUUCUAUCAUAUGAAGAAAUUAUGGGAGUACUGCUCACUGCAGCGGCCUUAUUUGGAACAUGCAUGACUGCUGUUGUGGCAGCCAUUUUCUUCACAUACAGGACAACUCCUAUUGUCAGGGCCAACAACUCUGAGCUGAGCUUCCUGCUGCUCUUCUCCUUGACUCUGUGUUUCCUGUGUUCUCUGACCUUCAUCGGCCGGCCCUCUGAGUGGUCCUGCAUGCUGCGACACACAGCAUUCGGCAUCACCUUUGUCCUCUGUAUCUCUUGUGUUCUGGGGAAAACUAUAGUGGUGUUAAUGGCCUUCAGGGCUACACUUCCAGGCAGUAAUGUGAUGAAAUGGUUUGGGCCUGCACAGCAGAGACUCAGUGUUGUGGCUUUCACUCUCAUCCAGGUUGUUAUAUGUAUCCUCUGGUUAACUAUUUCUCCUCCUUUUCCAUUUAAGAAUUUUACCCAGUUCAAGGACAAAAUCAUCUUAGAGUGUGCUCUGGGAUCAGCUGUAGGUUUUUGGGCUGUACUUGGGUACAUAGGCCUUCUGGCCAUCUUAUGUUUUAUUCUGGCUUUUCUUGCUCGGAAACUGCCUGAUAACUUCAAUGAGGCCAAAUUGAUCACCUUCAGCAUGCUGAUAUUCUGUGCAGUCUGGAUCACUUUUAUUCCAGCAUAUGUCAGCUCUCCUGGGAAGUUCAGUGUAGCUGUAGAGAUAUUUGCUAUUCUGGCCUCCAGUUUUGGACUGCUCAUUUGUAUUUUUAUUCAAUGUUAUAUUAUCUUACUGAAACCAGAGACUAAUACAAAAAAAAAUAUGAUGGGGAAAGGAGCAUCAAAGUCAUUUUGA